UUGUCCUGUGCCAGGACUUGUGGCGGCUGGAGGAAGUGUGCUGGGGGGCCGAGCAGCGAGUUCAGGAACCGAGCGAGGAGACCUUCUUCCAUUUUCUCGGCGGUGGCGGCUGAAAUUUUCCCGGCGCAGCUGCGUCUCGAGCGGUGGUUCCAGAGACAAACUUCCAGCGGAUAAAAAUGAGUCUGUGCGGCUUCUCCUCCACCAGCAGCGCCGACUAGAAAACACAAGAAUCUAAAGGGGCUCUUUUUUUUCCCCUUUCAGUUUGAAAAGAAAGCUCUCAGAUUUAGGAUGGAGGAGGGAUAUGAACUCGACCUGACGUAUAUAACAGAACGCAUCAUUGCCGUGUCCUUCCCCCGCGGUUGUUCCGAGGAGGUCUACUCGCACAACCUGAAGGAUGUGACAAGAAUGCUCAAGUCUAAACAUGCAGACAAUUACCUGAUUAUCAACUUGUCGGAGAAACGACAUGACCUCUCGAGAAUGAAUCCCAAGACCCUGGAUAUGGGCUGGCCUGACCAACAUGCUCCACCUCUGGAUAAGAUCUGCACCAUCUGCAAGGCCAUGGAGAGUUGGCUCAAUGCCGACCCUCUACAUGUGGCGGUUAUACACUGUCGGGGUGGAAAGGGUCGAAUUGGUGUGAUAAUUUCAUCCUUUGUACAUUUCACUGAUAUAUCAGCCAGUGCUGAUCAGGCAUUGGACCGCUUCGCUAUGAGGAAAUACUACGAUGAUAAGGUCUCAGCUAUGAUGACACCUUCGCAGAAACGGUACGUGUGGAUCCUCAACAGUCUUUUAAGUGGAUCAAUGAAGAUCAAUGCCUCCCCCUUGUUCCUGCACUGCAUCAUUCUUCAUGGGAUGCCAAACUUCAACGCUGCUGGAGUGUGUCAUCCAUACAUCAAGGUCUACCAAGGAAUGCAAGCAGUGUACUCUUCUGGAGUAUAUCUCAUAGGUCCAGGCCACAGAGACAGAAUAUGCAUCACCCUUGAGCCUGCGCAGCUUCUAAAAGGGGAUAUCAUGGUAAAAUGCUAUCAUAGGAGUGAAAUGAGUUCAGAACGUGAGGUUAUAUUCCGUCUGCAGUUCCACACGGGAGCAGUGCAGGGCUACAGCCUGAUGUUUGAAAAAGAGGACAUGGAGGAGGCCAACAAAGAUUCCAGAUUUCCAGAGUAUGGUAAAGUGGAACUGGUUUUCUCAGAGGGGCCCGAGAAGAUUCCAGGUGCAGACAGGUGGCAAAAUGGCAGCGAUGUCAUUGUGAACUACAACACUGCAGAUCCUUUAACCCGAUGGGACUCGUACCAGAACAUCUGUGAUGGUGAAGCGCCACGUUCACAUCAUGGCCUAACCCAGGACAAAGCACCUAACAAGAGGAACACCAACGGAGGAGAGGCUGCAUUGGGCCGAGGAACCUCCACCACCUCCAGUCCUGACCACAGUGACCACACGCUUUCUGUCAGCAGUGACUCCGGCCUGUCAAGCACAUCGCUGUGGGCUGACAGACCCACACCUAUCACCACCACCACCACCACAACUAUCAGGCCCAACCAGGGGCCCAGUCAGCAGGAAAAGGUGCAGCUGAAGCGCCUCUUAAGUGGGUUUGGGCUUGAGGACCCAUCCCUGGAGGAGAUGGGAGAUCAGGGCCAUAGAGUAGGCGUCCAGCAGAUAGUUCCAGCACAAGUACACUUUAACGGAGUCCCUUGUCCUAGAGAGAGGGAAACGGACAUCCUGGAUGAUGAGGUCAUAACAGGUCAUGACCUGCACAGUGUGGACAGUCUAGGGACCUUAUCCUCAUCCUGCCACCAAAGCAGCCAGAACUCGCUGUUGUCAGAUGGCUUUGGGAGUCCUGGGGGAGAAGAGCAUCAAAUCCAGAGCCAGCAUCAUGUCCACCACAAUGCACCUCCUCCCAUGGAGGAGUAUGACAGAGGCUACACUGAAGCUAGAAGGGGCUGUCUCAGCUCCAGGAGCAACUCUGUUGCCUCUUCUACUCCCAGUGUUUCCUGUACGCCCAAGCAGCAGGUCUACAGACAGGGGAGCUACUCCACACAAUCGUGGGUUCGCCAGCAGCAGAUGGUAGCGGCUCAACAGUUCGUUUACAUGCCGGAGCAUGUAAACGAUGCAGAGAGGUACCCGGGCGGUAAACAAGGAGGAAGUCUCCAUAAAGCAGGCGUGCUCGUGGAAUCGCAAGGUCCGAACAGGGACACAUCAGACGCGCUGGGAAACGCAGGCGACAAACAGGCAGCGAUAAACAACAAUACCAACAACAGACGGGAUGAGGAGUUAAAAUCAUUAACACUGGACAUUGACAACUCCAUUGACCAGCUCAACCAGUUGAUCAUGGACCUGGAUCCCACAUUUGUGCCAGUAUCGUCACACAGUAGCUCCAUUAAGAGGAAUGGGGGAACAACACUUGUGAACGGCUCAGUUGGCAAAUGUUCAAAUAGCAUCAAUGUCAACUUCAACGAUAACAACACAGCAACCCUGAAAAACAUGCAGCUGUCAGCUGUUCAGAAGAGUGAGGAGCGGGGAGGCGUCAUACGGACCCUGAGUAGCCAAGGAGGUGACGUGACAGACCAUCCAGGCUUCUGUAGCUCAGGGUGGAGUGGGACUGAAGAGUACAGAGGCUCAAGGACGUACUCACCCUGUACGCCACAGUCCCAGCAUACCCUGGUGUUCAGGAGUGACAAUUCUGAUGACCGGGCACAGGGCACAGACAUAGACAGUGGGGUCGAGGCCGGGAGUGACAUGACUCCACCCACCCCUGCUUUCCCCAUCUCUCCUCCAACACCAUAUGUGAAAAAUAUGUCAGAAUUCAGUCACCUGAGGCCAUCUCCAUCCCCCAGCAUGCAGUCCUACGGACUCUACAGAACAGACCACGAUCCGCGCGCUUACUCUGAGGCGAUCGGUCAUGUUGGACUACCACUUGACACUUUGCCUGAGUCCUCUGUCAACUGCCACAGGACACUAAGUGUGUCACACUCUGCCUCCAUUAGUGGGAUGCUUCAGCGGACCGAUGGCACAUUGGUGAACCAGUCCUGGCCAGAGCAUGCAGUCCUGAGCCGUCACUCCUCUCUAAGCAGCUAUCCUUCUCACAGACAACCACCACAACACUCAAUGUCAGUUGACUAUGGCCACCAUUCUCCUCCCAUGCACCACACCCACAUCCACCCUGCUCCCAAUGCCCACAGCUCUCCUCGAACCAGCCAACGAAGCUGCGUGGCUCGCUACGCUCUCAACCGCAGUCCUGCUCAAGUCUUUGAUGAGCCAGAUGACUCAGGUCUUGGUUACGGCACAGACUGUCCAACCCCUGUGUCUUCUCUCCUGGGGAAUGGAGGCAUGGACGGGGAUCUUCUGACCAUUAUAGAUGCACAGAAUCAGUCACCACAAAUUCAGCCCCCAGUCCUUCCUGAGAAGAAGAGGACAUCAGAUGGAGAGCAUUCACUGGGGACGGCGUCUCCAGCCCUCAGUGGAUUUUCAAGUCCACACAGUGGAAGCUCGCUGAGUAUUCCCUUCCCCAACAUCUUGCCUGACCUCUCAGCCCAGAUGCCUGGUACAGCCUCACUUCUGCCAGAUGUGCUGGCCAGCAAACAGGUGACUGUGAAAUUUGUCCAAGACACAUCAAAAUUCUGGUACAAGCCAGAUAUCUCAAGAGAUCAAGCUAUCUCAGUCCUGAAGGACAAGGAACCUGGCUGUUUCAUUGUGCGGGACAGCCACUCCUUCAGAGGGGCCUAUGGACUCGCAAUGAAGGUGGCCACGCCCCCACCCUCGGUUCUCCAACAGACCAAGAAAGGAGGAGAUCUGUCCAGUGAAUUAGUUCGCCACUUCUUGAUCGAGUGCACAUCAAAAGGAGUUCGGUUGAAGGGUUGUCCCAACGAGCCUUAUUUUGGAAGCUUGACUGCGUUGGUCUGCCAACAUUCAAUCACGCCAUUGGCGCUGCCCUGCAAACUUAUUAUCCCUGACAAAGACCCUCUUGAGGAUGUUGUGGAGAAUAAUACCUCACAGUCAGUCACCAACUCUGCUGCAGAGCUGCUCAAACAGGGGGCAGCCUGUAAUGUGUGGUACCUGGGCUCAGUGGACAUGGAGUCUCUGACAGGCUACCAAGCGGUGCAAAAAGCCACCACUAUGAUUCUCAGUUCCAAUCCUCCACCAACCUCCACUGUGGUCCACUUCAAGGUCUCCUCCCAGGGAAUCACGCUCACCGAUAACCAGCGGAAGCUCUUCUUUAGGAGGCAUUACACUGUCAACACGGUCAUAUUCUGUGCACUGGACCCUCAAGACAGAAAGUGGAAAAAAGAUGGCUGUCCUGCAGCAAAGAUUUUCGGCUUUGUGGCGAGAAAAACGGGCACUUCCAUGGACAAUGUGUGUCACCUGUUUGCAGAGCAUGACCCCGAGCAGCCUGCCAGUGCCAUUGUCAACUUUGUGUCCAAAGUGAUGAUUGGCUCCCACAAGAGUAAGUAGGCGUGGCUCGGACCAAGCCGCUGAGCCGGGUAGGCCUUUUCAGGAGUCGACACUAACGCUGGACAGAAGACGGUUCUGACUGGACAUCAGCUGUGUCCGUUAAUAUUAUUGCAACAAACUGAUCAGCACCGGGGCAUUCACUGACACCGUUCAGUCAGAUCAGAUCACCUCUUUGAAAAUGUUUUUGUGUGUAAAUGAACUGUAGAGUAGCCAAAGUGAGAACAAAAUCAUGAAAAAAAGUGUAAUUCUUUGCUACUGGUUUACAACUGUUGAGAUUGUACAGUUUUAAUUUUUUAAAAUCAGAUGAACAAACCCCACUGCUGUUGCAUGUAAACUGUGUAUUUUAUGAUAUGUAUUCAGAAUACUUCAUUUAAGCUAUUAAAUGUUUUAAAAGUGGACGAUGAUGUAGAAGUCUACAUCUGUCAUCCAGGGAUUAUUUUCAGGUUGAAUUUAAAAUACAGGAUUAUCUACAUUUUAUCUAUGCAAUGUAAAAAUGUUAGUUUUUUAAACCCAUCACACACACACACACACACAUAUAUAUAUAUAUAUAUAUAUAUAUACACACACACACAGACAUAAUUUUUACUGCUAAUACAACUAUUUUUAAGAGCAACAGAAACUUAAAAUAUGUGUUGAAAUGAGAUAAACAAGAACAAAUAUUUGAUGUAAAAACACAUUAAUACUGUUUGUAGAACAGCUGCCAAAAUCGAGUUUGUUUGGUUUUGAUUGCCAGUAAAAGCACUACAGUUAGACCAUGUUUAAAAAAAAAAAGAUAAGAAAGAAAUAGACACAUUUAGUUGACUUUUAAGACAAACAUAUAUUAUAUUUAGGCUG